AUGAUUAAAAACAUAAACUCUAAUGCAAUAUCUCACGUUUUAUCAAUAAUAAAAAAUCCAAGAUUAAUUGUCCCUCAUUUAAUAGUAAAAGAUAUAAGAGAAUUAAACUAUGAAAAAUUAAAGAAAUCAGGUAUAAAUAAAUUAAUAUUUGAUAAAGAUAACACAUUAACUAUUCCAUAUGAAAAUUUAUUAUAUCCGCCAUUUAAGAAAUCUUGGGAUGAAUGUAAAAAUACUUUUGGUGUAGAAAAUAUUCUGAUUAUUUCAAAUUCUGCUGGAACAUUAAGUAAAGAUCCCAAUUUUGAUCAGGCAAAAGAAGUUGAAAAAAAUUUUGUAAUUGGAGAUAGAUUAUUAACCGAUGUUUUGUUUGGUAAUUUGAAUGGAAUGUUUACAAUAUUAACCAGAAAAGUUAUCGACGAGCAAAAAGAUGACAAUUUAAAUAAUUUGAUGAGAAAUUUAGAAUACAAGAUAUUAGAUAAUUUAUUACUAAAAUAUGGAUAUAAACCAAUUAAUUGA